AUGGCCUAUGGUUCAAGAUCAUUCAAGGUCACCGAAGACCAAUUGCAAGGAAAAAUAAGUAAACAGGCUGUAUUCGAUGGAAAGAAACCUAUUAGAGGAGGCAUUCCAUUUGUUUUCCCACAAUUUGGAGCAUGGACAUUUGGACCACCUCAUGGUUUUGCCAGAAUCGUUCGUUGGAAUGUAGAAAAGUCUCCCGAACGAUUGCCCAGCGGCGAUGUUGAAGCGAUUUUCUCAAUUAUGGACAGCGAAUUCACCCGGUCAAUGUGGAAUUAUCCCUUUAAAUUAACAUAUAGACUAAUUCUUCGAGAGAAGGAAUUACAUUUCAAUAUCGGUAUAUACAAUCCCAGCAAAGAUCAUACAUUUAGUUUUAAUCUGUUACUGCACACCUACUUUAAAGUGCCAGAUGUUAGAAGAUGCCAGAUUACUGGCCUCCAUGGGUGCACGUUUAUCGACAAGACAAGAGACAACCAAAUUUUUCAAGAGGGUCGCGAUGUGGUAACAGUGUGUGAAUGGACAGAUAGAAUUUAUCAGAAUACGCAACCGGAACACAUCAUUACUAACGUUGUAUCCGGCAGAAAAAUGCGAGUACAGAAGUACAAUUUCCCUGACACGGUGGUUUGGAAUCCUUGGCAAGAAAAAGCUCGCGAUAUACCUGACUUUGGUGAUGAUGAAUUUCCGAACAUGAUAUGCGUGGAAAGUGGACACGUUAGCAGUCCAGUUAUAUUACUUCCUGGAACAGCUUUCGAAGCCAGUCAAAUUUUACAGGUAAUGUGAGUAGAGGGUGGAUCAACAUCGCACAUAACAGCUGGGAAUAUUACGAAUCCGUUGCUUUCGGUUUCCUCUGCAUCAUGCUCUGUUUGGCCAACUAGUACUGGGUGGUUGUACAUGCCACCACCUUCGCCACCGCCGCCACCGCCACCGCCACUGCCCUCAUCGCCACCGCCGACACCUUUGACGCAUUCAUCGUGCUUACACGCGCACUGCAUCGCUCAAACUUGCACUAUAUGCUCUCUCAAUCUAUAAAAGUCAAGUAAAAGGAAAACACUUAAGUCAUGUUCAGUCGUUUAUUGAUCAUUCUUCCCCAAAUAUUCUUGGA